AUGGCGUUGUCAGGGGCGUUGACUCUCACCGACCUGAACGACUAUCUGGGCCCGUCACAAGUGUGCAUCAAGCCUGUGGAUGCGCCACCCAACGAUGAGGCGCAUGCCAACACGAACAUUUCCAUUGAAGAGGGCGUGUACGUGGAAACGCCAGCCAAUGCGCCUCGUGCACGUACGAAGCUAGAGACUGCACAAAUCUCGCUCAACGACUGUCUGGCUUGUAGUGGGUGUGUGACCAGUGCCGAGACGGUGCUGAUCGGUUUGCAAAGCGUCGAUGAAGUCCAGACGGAAUUGGAACGCAAGGGAGAGCGUGUAUUUGUCAUGACCAUCAGCACACAGACUCUCGCGUCGCUGGAAGCGGCAUUCGGCCUACCCCUUUCGGACCUGUUCCCACGUAUAGAAGGGGCCUUGACACAGAUGGGCUUUGACGUGGUGCAAGACACUACGUUGGCACGACACAUGGCCCUUCGUGCGCACGUACGCGAGUUUUGUGCGCGUCGCGAUGCACGACAGCGUGGCGAUAAAAAGGCACCGACGCUUCCAAUGCUAGCGAGUGCAUGCCCUGGCUGGGUGUGUUACGCGGAGAAGGCACACAGCGAACUCCUGCCGUACGUCGCGACGACCAAGUCGCCACAGCAAAUGGCCGGCCUUCUAGCCAAACGUAUUUGGGGGCCCGAGAAGCUCGGCAUCGGCACGACGACAGGCUGCAUUACGACGAACCAUUCGAACGUGUACCAUGUAGCGGUGAUGCCCUGCUACGAUAAGAAACUGGAGGCAUCUCGCGCUGCUAUGACCGAUGCGGCGGGCGUGAAAGACGUCGACUGUGUACUAACCACAGGCGAGUUGCAUGACCUCCUUGUGCGGCAUGCAUUCCAGCCGGACCAAGCCGUGGCGACACGGCAAUCCAUGCCCGAGCCUGAGCCUGGCUCCAGUAGCGGUGGCUACCUGUUCGCCAUCUUGCUGCAGGUAUACCAAGAAUGGCGCACAGCGCAUCCUACGGACGAAACGCCGACAAUCGAUGUGCGAACGAUUCGGUCGUCGGACUAUACAGAGUACGUGAUGCGGGCGCCUGAUGGUACGACUCUGUUCAAAGGCGCGACAUGCUACGGCUUCCGCAAUCUGCAAAAUUUGGUCCGCAAGCUGCAGCGCGAGACAGGUGCCAAGGGGCAGCGUGGACGUGGCAUGGCGAUCCGGCGUGCCGCGGCGCAAGAACCUGCGUACGACUACAUUGAAGUGAUGGCAUGCCCAAGCGGCUGCGUCAAUGGCGGCGGACAAAUGCGCCCGCCCGAGGCUUGGAUCGAGAUGCAGCAGCAAGCGCAGGAUGCGAAUGUGGCGCACAACGAGGAGGAGAAGGCAUGGCCGGCGCCGCCGCCAGGCUGGCAAGGCACUGAUCGGCGGUGGGUCCAUGUCAUUGAGCAGACGUACUGGGGUACGACCGAGCGCGUGUCCAGCACGCCAACACAGACACAGAAACUGCUAGCGCAGGCGAUCGACGGCCCAUUGCAGGGAUGGCUGCAGACGUGGGACGCUCAUGCCGCCUCCAUGGAGACGCACAUUCCCAUGGCCGACGUUCAUACCAGCUACCAAGGUGUUGAAGCGCCUACAAAUGGCCUGGCUGUGCAAUGGUAA